GCAGCGAGCGGCGCCUGCGUCUGCAGCGGUGCGGGGUCCGAGCGCGCGGCGCGGCGCCGGGGGUCGGGCCGGGGCGGGGACCGGGCACCGGGCACCGGGCAUGGCGCUGCGGAGAGGCGGCGGCGGCGGGGCGCCGGGCCGGCUGCGGCUGCUGCUGCUGCUGGGCGCCGCGUGCCUGAUCCCGCCGAGCGCGCAGGUGAGGCGGCUGGCGCGCUGCCCCGCCACUUGCAGCUGUACCAAGGAGUCCAUCAUCUGCGUGGGCUCGUCCUGGGUGCCCAGGAUCGUGCCUGGCGACAUCAGCUCCCUGAGCCUGGUAAAUGGAACGUUUUCGGAAAUCAAAGACCGAAUGUUUUCCCAUCUGCCUUCCCUGCAGCUGCUAUUGCUGAAUUCUAACUCAUUCACGGUCAUCAGGGAUGAUGCUUUUGCUGGACUUUUUCAUCUCGAAUACCUGUUCAUCGAAGGGAACAAAAUAGAAACCAUUUCACGAAAUGCCUUUCGUGGCCUCCGCGACCUGACUCACCUUUCUUUGGCCAAUAACCACAUAAAAGCACUACCAAGGGAUGUCUUCAGUGACUUAGACUCUCUGAUUGAACUAGAUUUAAGGGGUAAUAAAUUUGAGUGUGACUGCAAAGCCAAGUGGCUGUACCUGUGGUUGAAGAUGACAAAUUCCACUGUUUCCGAUGUGCUGUGUAUUGGUCCACCAGAAUAUCAGGAAAAGAAGCUAAAUGAUGUGACCAGCUUUGACUAUGAAUGCACAACUACAGAUUUUGUCGUUCAUCAGACGUUGCCCUACCAGUCGGUUUCGGUGGACACGUUCAACUCCAAGAACGACGUGUACGUGGCCAUCGCCCAGCCCAGCAUGGAGAACUGCAUGGUGCUCGAGUGGGACCACAUCGAAAUGAACUUCCGGAGCUACGACAACAUCACAGGUCAGUCCAUCGUGGGCUGUAAGGCCAUCCUCAUCGACAGCCAGGUCUUUGUGGUGGUGGCCCAGCUCUUCGGCGGCUCCCACAUUUACAAAUACGACGAGAACUGGACCAAGUUCGUCAAAUUCCAGGACAUAGAAGUCUCUCGCAUUUCCAAGCCCAAUGACAUCGAGCUGUUCCAGAUCGACGACGAGACGUUCUUCGUCAUCGCCGACAGCUCUAAAGCAGGCCUGUCCACAGUUUAUAAGUGGAACAGCAAAGGCUUCUACUCUUACCAGUCCCUGCACGAGUGGUUCAGGGACACGGAUGCAGAGUUUGUGGAUAUAGACGGGAAAUCGCAUCUAAUCCUGUCCAGCCGCUCCCAGGUGCCCAUCAUCCUCCAGUGGAACAAAAGCUCUAAGAAGUUCGUCCCCCACGGCGACAUCCCCAACAUGGAGGACGUGCUGGCCGUGAAGAGCUUCCGGAUGCAGAACGCCCUCUACCUCUCCCUCACCCGCUUCAUCGGGGACUCCAGGGUCAUGAAGUGGAACGGUAAGCAGUUCGUGGAGAUCCAGGCCCUUCCGUCCCGGGGCGCCAUGACCCUGCAGCCCUUUUCUUUUAAAGAUAAUCACUACCUGGCCCUGGGGAGCGACUACACGUUCUCCCAGAUUUACCAGUGGGAUAAAGAGAAGCAGCUGUUCAAAAAGUUCAAGGAGAUUUACGUGCAGGCGCCCCGUUCCUUCACAGCCGUCUCCACCGACAGGAGAGAUUUCUUUUUUGCGUCCAGUUUCAAAGGGAAGACAAAGAUUUUUGAACAUAUCAUCGUUGACCUAAGUUUGUGAAGGUGUGGCGGGUGAGUUUAAAAGGCAGGCAGCAUCAGCCCUCACAAGAGAGGACCAAGAAGGAAAAUAAACGAAUCAAUAAAAGCCAGGCGCGGCGCUCUGAGGUUAAAAAUGCACUGGGGAAAUAGUUAGAAGUUUUCCAACUUUUAGAGCUCACAUUUUAAUCAGGGAUUGCAUUUAUUGGCUAACUGCAUGACAUGCUCCUUCCACCAUUUAAAAAGACAUCCUAAAGCCUGUAAUUUCUGAGAAAAGAGUAUAGCAUUUACUCUUACCAUCUAGAAAAGUAAUGUGCUUUUUCUUUUCCUCUUUUUUUUUUUUCUUUUUAAUGAGGAAGGAGAAAAUUGGAUAAGAUGGGACGGCUCUUAUAAUGAAAUAAAAAACCCAACCAAACAAACUAUGGGCCCUUCUCAUUCCACUUUAGCAGUCUUUUUGGUAAGAACGCUUAAAGCCAAAGUCAGCUGAAAAGAUUUGCUGAUGAUUAGUUUAAAAAUCUUAUACCACUCAGCAGUGCUAUUUUGAGCCAUCCUAGUUUCCUGAAAGUAACGCCCAGCCCCGCAAAUCCUCCUCAAUAGCAGAACCUUGGCUAUUUUGUUGGCCCGCAUGGAUGCUUGUCAUGGGUAUGCUAACAAUUUAAUGUUUUGACAUUGCUUCCUCUGCCACAAAGAAAACACCCUGGUGACACAUGUCUAGGCCCAGCAUGGGGCGAGGGCUCAGCAGUGAGACAAAGGGAGUUUUCCCUCUUUCUUCUGGUUCAAAGCUGACCCUCGUGGUGGCUGGGGCAAUAAGGCUUGUCUGAUGCUCUUCAGGACUCAUCUGCUUCUCCGAGCCCGUCCUUUGAGUUUGUGGGUAACCAGCAGACAGGCCAAAGACUGAAUGGUGCUUUCUGUUCCAUCCUGUAGAGGGAUGAAACAGGUAUUUCCAUCUGAUGAGCAUUCGGUACAAUUUUUGAAGUGAGAUUGUAUGGGGGCCAAAGGGACUUUCUGUAGGUCUCCAUGUGCUUUGAAACCUGUAGGUGGCUCUUUGAUGUGUGCAUGUCUUUGCCCUCUGGACAACUUAAUAUUUCAAGUGAUUGAAUACCAACUUCCCUACCUGCCCAUCUGCCUACCUCCCUAAUCACGUAACAGUCGUGUUUUGUUGAGUUGCUGCUAUUUCUGCUGCUAGUGUAGCCGACUGCAGGUGCUGCAGACACCAGACCGCAACCCGGAUACUCAUGAUAGUAACACUCCUUCUCCUCCCUGCACUUUAGCAAAGGAGCCCUCCUCCCCCCAGCGCCCCCACACCCACACGGGGCCACAAGUUGGCAGCGGGGUCAUCCUGUACAGGCUGGGGACCUCGGGCUGAUCAGUAGGGACCAGAUACGGGGCCAGACAAGCUGAACCCCCAAACCAGGUGGGGACCAGGUGGCCUAUUUCAAAAUGGGCCUUUCCCACAGACAACAGGGGAGCUCACGGAGUCUAGUUGAGUGGAAGGUUCCUAGUGGAUGUUCCGCCCAGGUGGCUGGUUCUCGUCAGAGCAUAAGAAGUGAAUGCUUUUAGGGGCAGCCGUGAAAGAUUGACCCUACAACUUCACUUCUAGCCAUGAAAGUGUCACAAUCACACUGUGUACUGUAUUAUUAUUUUCCAAUGAUUAUUUGUCAUGUCAUGAGUAGGUAGAUGUUUUGCCACAAAUAUGAAUGUGUUGGUUGUUUCCGGAUUUAAGCAAUGCAGACUGAGGCAAUAAAUAGCACUCAGAGAAGGAUGCACUGGUGUUUUGGGAACAUUCCGGGAGUGCAGGCUGAGGCUUCCAGCCUAGGAAACCAGGGAUUUUAAUGAACUAACUCACCCACACAUACUUGUGUUGUUGCUUGAAACUUCUCCUAAAUACUGAGCAAACAGGAGAAAAGUGGUUUGUUUUCAUUUUUAAAGCAUAAAUCACUCUUCUGCAGUCUUUCGCCUUCGUGGUGUAUUUGAAUGGACUACAAAUGCCCAGAUCCCCACAUUGGAGGCGGAAACGACAAAACUCUGCUGUUCUUCUGGCUGUAAAGACGGGCAAGCUAUCCUUUCACUAGCGUGGAACCCCUCAGACAAGCCCCGGCAGAAAAAUGGAUACUUGGCAGAUAGUGUAGGAGACAUUUAGACAAUCCCAGCACUUUGCCAGGUCAGAGAGAUGUUCCUGAUUCCAGCUGCCUGCAGGGAAAGCAACUGGGCCGUCUUUUCACAGUGCUGUCGCUGCAGAGCUGAACCACGGUCCCAGCUGUACCUCUGAGGGUGAGUUAGGGACUGACCGCCCGCACUUACCACUCUGCUCACCGGUGCCUGGAAUCUGGAAAACCAGGAAGCACAGGUGCUGGGCUUGGGAGGGGUGGAUCUGUUGAGUCCAGAUGGGGUUUUAGGGGGUGAAAGAAAGAUCUAAGCAGAUGAUGGGUGGGGGUGAGAGGUGGGUGAUCCACUCAACUACAGUCAGGCCUCUCUCCCUCCUUCCCUCCCUCCCUUCCUUCUUUCCUCCCUUCCUUUGAUUUUGUACAAGACUAGAGCCUGCAAUCUACAGAGUGCCUGUGCUGUGGGAGGAGAAAUUUGUUCUGGCCAACUUGCUAAAGGAGCGUAGAUGUUCUUGGCACGAAGUAGUGGAAGUUUGCUCCAUUAAUCUUACUGCUUCAGCCCAAGAAUCCCUGAAGUUUUAAACAAUUUCUGCAAGAAGCUUUCUUCCAGUAAUAACAUAACACACAAAACCAACUAAACAACAGCAAAUGCCCAAGGCCGAGAAACGUGGGGACCGUCCCCUGUGGAGAUCAGCCUGAGGGGGCAGCUCUUGCUUCUUCCUCCCUCCCACAUCUCAUGGGCAGCACCUGCUCACCUUGUUUCUCCUUUAUAGUCUCUUUGUCUAGGCUCCUGGCCCGCCCCUCCAUACAGCCCUCCCCUAAAGGGAGAAAAUGUCCCCAGGAUUUGUCCCCUGGACUUGUCCCCUUGUCCAUAGGGCUGGGAAUAGGCCUCUUAUCAAAACUCAGAAAACAAACCUUACAUGUGAAGAGCACUGUGUUCUUGGGCACUGGCUAAUAAGCCCACCUCGCAUUUCAGCAGAGCUUUAUAUUUUUUCAGUGAACAUUGGAGUCCAUCUCAUUUGUUCAUAAAUAGUUUUACAGUUGAUUGGAGGACAGGUAUUACUCUAAUUUCAGGAAGAAGGAAAUAGACACAAAAUCUAAGUGGAUUGCCUGCCCAUGGUUAUCCAGUAGGGAGUGGCCAUUCUAGAACUUUCCUUCUGAUCAGCGGGCAUUGUAUUUUCUUUAUGUGACACUCUGCUAUACCCUCCCAGAGAAAGACUUUCAUUUUUAUCAUGAUUUUGAAUAUAGCAGCACCUUGAAAUAAAAUAAAAGUGCAACAAAGCACGCACAGCCAGAAGGAAAAUCAUGCUGAAUAGACACCAUUCGAUCAACCGGUCCAUUUAACAAUCAACAAACAUUAUGGAACUGCCAGUACACAUGAGGCCCCACUUUGGAAAGUCUUCCAGAAAUUUCAGAUAGUUUUCUGCUAUUCUAGAGAGGAUUUCUAGGUGGCAUGAAUGUUUUUCUCCCUCCCCAGCCCCCACAGAGGUAUGGGAGGGAUGCUAAGGUCGAGAUGCAUCUGGUUCAUGUCACAAUGUCUAGAAGACAAACAAGAAGACUUCUGUGAAGGAAAAAUUAAAAACCCAAAUGCACGAGUGAUGAUGAAUUGCUCCCGGCCGUCGUCAGCCUUUAGGGAGCACGCUGGAAAUGGCAGCGUUGCAGUUUUCUUCCCUGUGGAGUGAGAAGCUGUGUAUUUUUAGGAAAGAAAUCGGUGUGGGAUGCCAGAGGUUUGGCCGCCAGGAGCACUCGUGAUGGAAAUUUCUCUGGCCUGGGGUAUGAUGAGAGAGGGAUGGGGGAUCCGCAGGAGGGGCGUCUCUUUGCAUGCCACUGAAGGAAAAGAUCUCUUUAACCGGCUUCCCGAGUCUUCUGCAGAGGUAUCAGCCCCUCAUUUGCAGCUGAGAAAGAAAGUUCUUUAAUUAGGCAGUGGCCAAAGAUUCUGUUCAACAGCUUCCUGGAGUGAAAUACCAUAAUCUAGUUGCUGAUGCAGCAAGAAAGAUGGUCCAGAUUUGGGGGGGGGGGAGGGCAAGGAAACAGAAUGGGCAGAGAAGCAGGACAAAUGGACCUGGAGGAUACUCUUUGGGGAAAGUAGAAAAUGAACCAGAAGAAAAGAAAGAGUGAUACUGAUUUCCUUUGCUUCCACCAGGCAAGCAGAAGGUAGAAUGACCAGGCAAAUGAACAGCAUCCCAAUUAUUAGUGAAAAGAACCAAAUGUAAUGCUAGUUGAAUAAGAAUUACAUUGUAAAGCUACUGAGACCUAACCAAGGCACUCUGAUCCUUACUGUAUUCCAUUGUUUGUAUCAAAAUCUACUUUUUUUCUAGUAAGGAAACUAUGCAUUCUCUAUCAAUCCCUUUGAUGAUCAGGAAUGUGUUAAGAAUUGUGACAAAAUAGGCCAGUAUGCCAUUGGGUACCAUUUUUAUGUAUUUUAAAUGCAUAACUUAGGUAAAAUAAGAAUAGUUUAUAUGUAUAUGGAAACAAGUUUUGCCGUAUGCAGACUUCAGUGGAUGCAUUUUAGGCUGUAUGCAUAUUUAGCUCUUUUUGGUAAAUAGAGUUAACAAAUGAUAUGCCUCUUAAUUCGAUACAUUCUGUAAGCCUAUGAAUAAAAAGUGCUUUUUGCCUCA